CUUGCCAUUUCCUUCUUACUUUUUUUUUUUUUUUUCUUUCUCAGCUGCAAAAAUAGUCUUGUGUAUACCACUUUAUUUUUUGUCAUUAGAUCGACAGUCCUAGAUGUUAUCUUGAGGGUUUUUGACCAAAAUUCAUUGCUGAAUCUGAAGCUGGGUAUAAAAUAUUGAAUCGUGGAAUGGAAGACACAAGUGUUUCAGCUGAAGUUGCAACAUCUCCAACUGAGCAGUUGCUAAAGAAGAUCCAAGAAUUGGAGGCAGGACAUGCUCAGUUGAAGCAGGAGAUGUCUAAGCUUAUGGUUUCAAAUGAUGGAACAACACAGAGGCAAAGGUCUCAUUCUAUAUCCCCACAACGCCCACCUCGGCUUAGGGGUUCUACUGACCCAUUAGGGAAAAAGGCCUCCACUUCCUUCCGACAUUCUUCGCCCUUGCAAAGAGAGAGCAGUAGUAAAACUGAGCGUUGCACCAGCGGGGGAGCUCCAGCUCCCGUCAAGUUUACGGAUAAACAGUAUUUGAGCAUAUUGCAAUCAAUGGGGCAAGCAGUCCAUAUAUUUGAUCUCAAUUAUCGAUUAAUUUACUGGAAUCGAAGUGCUGAGCAACUAUAUGGUUAUUCAGCUGCCGAAGCUAUUGGGCAGGAUCUUCUUGAGCUGAUAACAGAACCUAAGGAUCAUGCUAUGGCUAAAAUCAUUAUACACAGAGUGAAAAUGGGUGAGAAUUGGACUGGACAAUUUCCUGUGAAGAAUAAGCAGGGGUACAGAUUUUUAGUUGUAGCAACAGAUACACCUCUUUAUGAUGAUGAUGGUACAUUUGUUGGUAUUAUUUGCGUAUCAAGUGAUGCGAGGCCUUAUCAUGAUUCAUCUGCUGAGGUGAAGCAUAUUGAAGCUGAUAAAAGUUCUGGUAGGCCCAGAAGCAUUGCUAAUGCAACACUUGGACUUGAUCCAGAGCAACCUCUGCAAGCUGCCAUUGCCUCAAAAAUAUCGAAUUUGGCUUCAAAGAUGAGCAGCAAGGUUAAGUCAAAAAUGAAAACUGGAGAGGGCAGCAUCUUUCGGGAAGGUGGAAGUGGAGAUAGUCACCAUUCUGAUCAUUCUUUUUCUGACGCUGCUCUAUUGGAUCAAAGGGAAGAUGCAAAUUCAAGUGGAGCAAGUACACCCAGGGGAGAUGUUCACUUUUCUCCAUUUGGGGUAUUUUCUAAUGUUGCAAAAGAAGAGCACUAUCCAGAAAAAUCCUCGAGAGAUUCUGGAGAUGAGAGUGAUGGAAAACCUGGGAUUUCUAAGAUUAUAACCUCAAAGGCAGAGGCGUGGAUGGUUAAGAAGAACUUAUCAUGGCCAUGGAAAGGCAAUGAGCGAGAAGUAUCAGAGGCAAAGGCUACACGAUUUGUUUGGCCUUGGCUAAACAAUGACCAAGAUAACGAGUGGAAUCAUUUCAAGAGUUCUAAUGCAGUAUCAACACCAGACGAUCAGAUUAUUGAAAGUAACCGUACAGCUACCAAUGAGGCUUGGGGAUCCUGGUCAUCAUCAUUUAAUAUUAAUAGCACAAGCAGUGCUAGUAGUACCGAUAGCACCACUAGUACUGCUGUUAAUAAAGUGGAUGCUGAUACUGAUUGCUUGGAUUAUGAAAUCUUGUGGGAGGAUAUGACAAUCGGAGAACAAAUUGGGCAAGGUUCUUGUGGAACUGUUUAUCAUGGGCUGUGGUUUGGAUCAGACGUUGCGGUUAAAGUAUUUUCCAAGCAAGAAUAUUCUGAUGAUGUCAUAUAUUCCUUCAGACAAGAGGUGUCACUGAUGAAACGUCUCCGACAUCCAAAUAUUCUUCUUUUCAUGGGUGCGGUAACUUCACCUCAACGCCUCUGUAUUGUGACAGAGUUCUUGCCACGAGGAAGUUUGUUUAGGUUACUACAAAGGAAUGCAUCCAAACUAGAAUGGAGACGACGUAUUCACAUGGCUUUAGAUAUAGCUCGUGGCAUGAACUAUCUUCAUCAUUUCAACCCACCCAUAGUUCAUCGGGAUCUGAAGUCUUCAAAUCUUCUUGUGGACAAGAACUGGACCGUUAAGGUUGGGGACUUUGGUCUAUCACGUCUUAAGCAUGAGACGUAUCUAACAACAAAGAAUGGGAAAGGAACGCCACAAUGGAUGGCUCCAGAAGUUCUUCGCAAUGAACCUUCAGAUGAGAAGGCUGAUAUAUACAGUUUUGGUGUUAUACUAUGGGAACUUGCCACGGAAAAGAUCCCUUGGGAUAACCUCAACUCAAUGCAGGUGAUUGGAGCUGUAGGAUUCAUGAAUCAACGGCUAGAUAUCCCCAAGGAUGUUGAUCCACAGUGGGUUUCUAUUAUUGAGAGCUGUUGGCAUAGUGAGCCACAGUUACGCCCAACGUUCCUAGAGUUGGUAGAUAAACUCAAGGAUAUGCUGAGGCAGUAUGCCAUUCAGGUGCAGGCAGCACGUAAUGUUGCAGGAGAUAGCAGUCAGAAGGAACUAUAGAUAAAGAUGGUGUACGUUUGUGGUUGAGUUUGUGUGGAAUUGCCAGAAGAUACACACUGAUAACACUGAGCCUUCAGUGACUGUUUGCUUGGAAGUGUCACUCAAAGGUCACGAAUUGCUUGUGUUGUCGGAUCCAAAAUUUGGUGAAAAUUGUCAAGCAAGCUGUUCACUGCGAGGAAACUUGAUAGAGAAGAUAACAGCAGUCAUUUAUCAGUGUCAAGGAAGAACAUAAAUCCAAUAGGAGAUUGCGUAUGUGAAAUUUUAACUUUCAUGUCUAGUUCAUCCACUGUGUGAACUGAACUCGUCUCUGCAUCACACAGGCUUAGUGUUAAGUCAUCACCUCAAGUUUAGGCUGUGCUUUGCAACUUUUAGUUUGUUUGUCAAGGAUUCCAUAGAGGUUGCGGUCUAUCAACCCAAGUUGUAUUUUAUUGAGGCUUAGAAAGAGCAUCUGUAACACGUCGUUUAUACUUCUAAUCUGCUAGCCAUAUUUGUGCGCCUACCUUGGACUUUUACGUGCUUCCUAAACUCAGCUGACUAAAUAUUCUUUUUUCAUGUCUAGUUCA